GUCCAAAAAAAAUUCGAGGAAAAAAAAAAGUCGACUGCGAUAGCGUCGAGCCGAGGCGGAGGCGAGGAGGAGGAGGAAGACGAAGAAGAUGAGGAAGAAGCUGGGCACCCGGUUCCCCGCGGCACGGAUCAAAAAGAUCAUGCAAGCUGAUGAGGACGUUGGCAAAAUUGCACUAGCUGUGCCUGUUUUAGUAUCAAGGGCCCUUGAAUUGUUUUUGCAAGAUUUAAUUGACCGAACUUAUGAAAUUACACUGCAAAGUGGUGCAAAGACAUUGAAUUCCUUCCACCUAAAGCAAUGUGUGAGAAGGUACAGUUCUUUUGACUUCCUAACUGAGGUUGUCAACAAGGUACCAGACCUCGGUGGCGCUGACUCUUGUGGAGAUGAUAGAGCAUUACCCAGAAGAAGAAAAGCCUUGCCAAAUGGAAGCGACCCAGAGAAUGAGGAAUCUCGAUCAAGCAAAAUGGCUGUAAGAAGUGCAAAUAUCAGUCCCAGGGGACGUGGGAGAGGUCGAGGUAGAGGUCGAGGACGACCACCCACAAAGAGAAAGGAAGUUGGUUAUGUACAAUUUGAGGAUGAGAGCAGCAUGUUUGCUGAACAAGGUGAACCCUUGCCAGGGGAGGAGACUGUCCCAGAGACCAUCCAUGGCAACGAUAGCAUACCUCAAAGCGCACAGCCGCCAGCGGAAGCCCCAUCAGCUGCAGCUAUACCAGCUGCAGAUUCGAAGGUGGAAGAAACGAAAAAUGACCACCAGCCAGAUUGGCCUAUGCCAGACGCCAUCGGAAACAUUGGCGUUGGACCAUCUGGUUUUGGACAUCUUACUGUGCAAGUUGACGAGGAUGAGGACUAUGACAAUGAGGAUUAGCCAGGGUCAUCUUUUGAUUGUAUGCACUAACAGGGCAGUUCUCCUGGUGUUGUAAAAUGUAAAUAUAGUUCCAUGUAGCUGCAGCUAGCUGUGAUGUGCUGCUGAUGUAAUGCAGUAUGUAGCUGUCCCGUGUAACUUGUCUGUUUUCCAAUAAUUGCUUGCUAGUUGCCCUCGCAUUGUUGACAUGAUUGAUUACUGAAGUGCUGUCAGAAUUAACCCGGUAUUGAAGCAGUGAUAUUUUGUUAUAAUGUAACAUUGUACCCGACACUAAUUUUCUGCUACCAUAUUGUGGUGUAAUCAGAAACUAGGAAAUGUUGUAAUGUUCUCUUUUCAAUUGAAGUCAUCCGAAUAUUGGAUG